UGCUGUUUGUAGAGGUGAUAACACUGAUAGAAUCCAAUCAUUGCUGGCCUCGGCACAUCUGGAAAGUCCGGCAAAGUCCCAGCUACAGAAAGUGCAGAGACAACAAGUAAAACCCUUCAUGACCCUUGACUACCAGAUUGUCAACCAGACUCUUAAACGGUCACACCCCCCACCACCAGGCAGUGCACUUCUGGUGCAGCACGGAGAGCCAUCUGCCGAGAGUGACACUGGCCUGACUGGAAAUCCACUCACCAGGUUACUAACGCUUGGGAAAGAAGAUGACAAUGUGGAAUGGCAUAUGGAAGACGUAAUUGAGGAUAUAAUCGAUAUGGAGUCAAGUUUUAAAGAGGAAGGAACAGACUCUCCUCUGCUAAUGCAAAGAACAUUAUCUGGAAGUAUUUUGGAUGUGUAUAGUGGUGAGCAGGGAAUUUCACCAGUUAAUAUGGGCCUCACAAGUCCUUCCUGUCCAAGUAAUCUGCCAAUGAAAAGAGAAAUUACAGAAACAGAUACACGAGCUUUGGCAAAAGAGAGACAAAAAAAGGACAACCACAACCUCAUUGAAAGAAGAAGAAGGUAUAAUAUUAAUUACCGAAUCAAGGAGCUUGGCACUCUUAUUCCAAAAUCUAAUGAUCCUGAUAUGCGCUGGAACAAAGGAACCAUUCUAAAAGCAUCAGUGGAGUACAUCAAGUGGCUACAAAAAGAACAACAGAGAGCUCGAGAAUUAGAACACAGACAGAAGAAAUUAGAGCAGGCUAACAGGCGGCUUCUACUCCGGAUUCAGGAACUAGAAAUACAGGCUCGUGCUCAUGGUCUGCCAGCACUGGCUUCACUUGGCACAGUUGAUUUGGGUGUUCAUGUCACCAAACAACAGACCCAUCUUGGGCAGAAUUCAGUAGACUAUUGCCAACAACUGACUUUGUCUCAGGGGACCAGCCCUGAGCUCUGUGAUCAAGCUAUGGCCUUCUCUGAUCCUUUGUCACAUUUCACAGAUUUAUCAUUUAGUGCCGCUUUGAAAGAGGAACAAAGAUUGAAUGACAUGCUACUGGAUGACACAAUAUCUCCAUUUGGAACAGAUCCUCUGCUAUCUGCCACUUCCCCUGCAGUUUCCAAAGAAAGCAGUAGGAGAAGUAGUUUUAGCUCCGAUGAUGGUAAUGAGUUAUAA